AUGGCAAAUACCAGCACUGGCAAAGCUCUCGCAACGCCCGAGCUACUCGAGGCCAUCCUCAUCAAUCUACCGAUUCGCGACCUGUUCCUCGUCCAACGCGUCUGCCGCUUGUGGCGCGACAGUGUCCUCGUAUCGAAACCAAUCAAGCGCCAGCUAUUCCUCGAACUCUCCGAUCCUGAGCGACACAGAUUGUAUUACGUGCCAACGAAUUCCGAUCUCUCCGCUAUCGAUGGCGAUCGAGCCAAUUUCCUCGACCGAGAACUGUAUCAUUCGAGCCUUCGGAAAAACUACAUCUGGAAACCUGACACCAACUCUCUGUCCAACACCACGAUCUACGUAAACCCGAUCCUGCAUGUGAUCAAAGGUCUCAUCAAGCGCGACAUCAACACUUUCUUCGCCACAGACCCCAACACGCAGCAGACUCCUGUCUGGAACCGACCUGAGGCGUCGUGGCGCCAUAUGCUGGUCUGCUCAGCGCGCUUGACCACCUCCUUCGGCUUCUCCUGGGGUGGGAUGCGAUGGUUCAAGCGGGCCAUGGUGGACACCGCGCAAUGGCGCCUGGGAGAUUUUGUGGAUGAGUUGCAGAGACAGUGGCAAGUGUUGCCGCGUCGUCGAGGUGGGAGGGUUCCGCGUAUUAAUUAUACGAUUACUGGAAGCCAGUUGUGGUGUCGAUGCGAAUAG